UUCGCUGAGCAUUUAUCCAUUGUUGGUGUUUAGCUUUAUUUUUUGCAAACGCGAGGGCGAGACCUGAGUAUCAGUACCAGAGCACUGCCUCAGUCAGUUGUAUAGCGGUAUUCGCGAUCGUCGUAUCUAUACAAGCGAGUGGUAGCGCUUUGAAAAUCGCGAGUGAGAGUCGUCUGCUUAGCAGCCAUUUUUGCCAAAACAAAUUACACCCGGCUGCUUUGAUCUGUUUAUGCCCAUCGACUUCAUGGAGGUACAUGCUAACAAUAAUGCCUCUACUAAAAAUGUUUGGCAAUCAACCACUUCAGCUCGCUUAUCGUUGGGCCAGUGGCUCGGAAUUUUCUCACGCCCUACAGCAGACACCAUGGAGAGCAGCGGCCCUUCCCCGACGUCGUUGAACAACUUCCGCGUGGUUUACUUGAUAACGCAAAUGGUGGGCGCCGCCAUCGUCAUUCUGAUGGGUUCCUGGAUCGGAGUGCACCUCGGAGGUCUCUCAUGGACGUCCAAUCCGGCCACCCAGUUCAAUUGGCAUCCGCUGCUGAUGUCGAUUGGAAUGAUUUUCCUGUACGGAAAUUCCAUACUGGUCUAUCGAGGAUUCCGCUACGCUCGCAAGAAGCCACUGAAGGUCACUCAUGCCGCCAUUCACGGACUGGCGUUCGUCUUCACGGUCGUUGCUUUGGUGGCGGCAUUCGAUUCACAUAACCUGGCCAAGGUUCCGAUACCGAACAUGUACACGCUGCACUCGUGGGUCGGAAUGGCAGCGGUGGUGCUGUUUGGGCUUCAGUACCUGUUUGGGUUCGUGUCCUAUCUGUUCCCGGGAGUGCGCGAAUCGAUGCGAUCCACCUACAUGCCCGUCCACGUGUUCUUCGGUGUUUUGGGAUUUGUGCUAGCUGUCGCGGCUUCCCUGCUCGGUCUUCUGGAGAAAGCCAUAUUUGCCAUGCCCGACUACCGGUACCUACCACCGCAGGGAGUCCUGGUGAACAUGAUCGGACUGCUUCUGGUCGUCUACGGUGGACUGGUGGUGUUCCUCGUGACGGAUCCCAUGUACAAGCGCAAAGCAUUGCCGGAAGAUGCGAUGCUCCUGACCCACAGUCCAUCAUCGCAAUAGACGGUGAACCCCUUUUGCCGGUCCCAUCUACCGCAGAGUACCGCUAUACAGUGUUAUCUGAUGCUAUAUGUUAUGCUAUGUGUUAAAGUCUGAAUAUGUGACGUGCAAUCGUACUUAAAGUCUAUCUAUACAUGUUGCUAUACAAAUGAAAGUGAUUUUAAAAUAUUAUAGUUUUGUUUAGUCAAGUGCACAAAUAGAAGGAAGUGGAGAAUUAACAGCCAGAUUUUUUACUUCAGAGUGCAACACGGAUAACAAUAUAUGAAUAGCAUCUGUUUGAAUAUAUUUAUGUGAUGCAUCGAAUACCAAAACAGCAGAUAUUGCUUCAAAACUGUAAUUGACUGUAAAUAUUUAACAAACAAUAAAGUAUUAUCGCGUCAAA